CUAGAGGACCAUGGAAGAAUGGAUAGUGACAAAUGCAUCUUCUGAUGUUGGACCAAAUCCAACAGUCUUAAAGAACAUAUAGAACCAAGUCCGAUCUUGUAACAUAAAAGCAUUUUGGUGAUUUAGGUUCUGAGAUGAGCUCAAAGCAAGAGGAGUUGAUGCAUUCAGAUCUCCAUGCCAUUCCAUGUGAUGUGACUUUAAUGUUGGUGCAUUUCUAAUUUGCAUCAUCAUGCAAGCAGCCCCUGGAGCUGCCAAGCAGAUCCAGGUCAAAGAAGAAAGAGAAAGGUUUCGUUCAUGGAAGUAGUAAAAAAAGGCCAUGGCAAGUGGUGGAGAUGGUGCAUCUCUUCAUGGUCAUUCAUGCCACUGAGCACUAAAUUAUGGAAAGGAGCUUUCUUUUUGGUGGAAUACAUGUAUUUAAUGCUUUCCUCCACCCUGUCCUUGGAGUUGUGUGUGCCUUUUACCCAGAACUUGGAUUUGCUUUCUCACCCUCUUGUCUCUGCUUUUUUAUGCUUCCCUUCCUGCCAAAGGUGGUGUUGUUGGAUAUGAUCACCUCACUCAGGCUACAGCUAGUACCACCACCCCUUCCUGCCGUUGAGCUCGAUCCCACCCAUGCCAUGGAAGAUGCUGAGCUCCAUGGAUUUGCCUAGCGGCGGUGGUGGUGUUGCUGCUGCUGCGCAGGCUCAUGGGAUCAACAGGCAGCACGUCCAGGCGGCCAUUGUGAAGGCAGCUGAGCUGAGGGCGCUCCACGCGGCGCUGCUCCAAGGUGGCUCCGGCGGCAGCCCCGCCGCGGUGAGGUUGCCCGCCGGUGCUUCCCCUUCCGUUUCUCGCGGAGCUAGCCAGUUCACGGUACCUGAAGAUUACCCGGUCUUCACGCCGAGUUAUGAAGAGGACCCCCUGCCCGGAUACCACUAUUUUCAUCCGGAGAAUAGAAGCUUAUCGCAAAUCUGGAAUGAAAUCGGUCUGGAAGAAGGAAAAGAUAGUGAAGCAGUUGCCUUUGUUAAUAGAAGUACGAAUAAGCUUUCUCCAUCAAUCAGUGAACUGCACAUUCCCUCUGCAAUUGAGAAUGUAUCCAAUGGAACCUCAUGCGCUAACCAUAUGCCCCCGCUGCAAGCCUCUUCGGAAGCUGAUGAUGUCAAGUCCUUAGGUAGAAGAACAGAAUCUGGAGAAUAUACAACAGUCUUGACAAACGAUACAUGCAACCAAGAAACUGUAAACAUGGAAGUGGGUGGUGAUCGGAAGAACCUCAAGAAUGCCAAGCGCACAGAGGUCUCACACGAUCCCGAGCAAUCUGUAAAGACACACAUAAAACACAGAGGGUCAGGUCUUUCAUGGUUGUUUCCAAAAUCAAAAAAGAAAUCCAAGCCGGAGAUGUCACCGAAAAUGAUGGAAUCUGAGGGCAUGUCCCAAAUCUUGAAGGAAUGGGGGGUUCUAUCACUGGAAUCGCUGAAGAAGGAGCUCCUCGAGGCCAAUGAAAACAGGGAUGCUGCACUGGCAGAAGUCUCAGAGAUGAGGUCCUCAUUGGGAGAGCUGCAACAGAAGCUAGUCAGUUUAGAAGCAUAUUGUGCAGAGCUGAAGAAGGCCUUAAAACAUGGUAUGCAUCCAAAGAGUUCCCAGAUUUCGGACAGAUCUAAUUUGUCAAAGAGAACAAAGGCCAUGAGCAGCAACAGAGACAAUUCGAUGCCUGUGAGCCAAGAGGUAAUGGUUGAGGGCUUCUUGCAGAUAGUUUCAGAAGCCAGGCUCUCAGUCAAGCAGUUCUGCAAGAUGCUCAUCCACCAGAUUGAGGAAUCCGAUGAUGAUCUGUCAGAGAAACUAAAUUUACUUCUCCAGCCACAUCAGAUGGCACUGAUCACUGGUAAGUACUCAAAAGGAGUUAUCUAUCAUUUGGAAGCAUUCGUAAACCAAACUCUAUAUCAGGAUUUCGAGAACUGUGUGUUCCAUAAGAAUGGUUGUCCAAAAUUUCUGGAUCCCCGGGAAAAGUGCAGGGAGAACUUCUCAUCUUUUGUUGGGCUUCGGAAUUUGAGCUGGAACGAGGUGUUGCAGAAAGGGACCAAGUACUACAGUGAGGAUUUCAGCAGGUUUUGCGAUCAAAAAAUGAGCUGCAUUGUUUCCAUGCUUGAUUGGUCAGCGCCAUGGCCUGAGCAGCUUCUGCAAUGCUUCUUUAUCGCCGCCAAGUGUAUUUGGUUGCUCCAUUUGCUGGCCUUUUCCUUCAGCCCACCCUUGACGAUCUUGCGUGUCGAGGAAGAUCGUGAAUUCAAUCCCCUCUACAUGGAGGAUAUUCCCUUGGACAGGCACAGACCGCAAGGCGCUACCCGAGUUAAGAUCAUGGUGAUGCCGGGAUUCUAUGUUCAAGAUAGGGUGCUGAAGUGCAGGGUCCUCUGCAGGCAUGGUUCUGUACCAUAAUCAUUCGUUCCAAAGAAUUCUUUUCUUUUUCUUUAGCACCACAUUUCGGCUUUCUGGAGUGAUCAAAAUUGAUAUUUCAUCUCCAUAACUGCAUGCUUCUCUUUUAAUCUCUCUUCUCGAGUACAGUUUGUAAUAUCCAACUAACCACAAGUGACCAUUUGGAGAACUUGUAGUGGAUCCUGUCAUAAUUAUGAACAACUAAAGAAAUUUGAUCACAGUUACCUGAUCCA